AUGACCUCUACAAAGACCAUCAUCUUCGGCCCUACAGGCCACGUCGGCUCUGCUACGGCGCGCACUGCGCAUCAGCUCGGUGCUAAAGUGGUGCUUGCCAUGCGUGACGUUGAAAAGCCCAUUCCAGGUCUAAACUCAUAUCAAGAGAACUCAGGAGGUUUCAUCAGAGUCCAGGCAGAUCUCACCAAGCCCGAAACUGUCCGGGCAGCCGUGAGCGCGACUGGAGCAAAGCAUGCAUUUAUAUAUAUCGCUCACGGCACGACUGACCACAUGAGACAAACAAUCGAAGCACUUAAGGCCUCUGGUAUUGUGUUUGUGGUCUUUCUGAGCAGCUUCGGCGUGCAAGGGGAUGCCAGGAGUAUUCCACCGACAGACAUCAUAGCGUAUGUCCACGCGCAGGUCGAGAACAAUCUUGAAGACGUCUUUGGCACCGAUGGCUACAUCGCACUUCGACCCGCAUUCUUCAAUACCAAUGCGCUUUGGUGGGCGAGUAUGAUCCGCGAGGGCGAGGUCAGAGCGGCCUAUCCGGACGGCAAAUUCGACUGGAUCUCUCCGGGGGAUAUUGGCAGUGUGGCGGGCUCACUGCUCGUUAAAGGAAUACAGGCAACCGAAGGUGCAGAAGAACGCAAUGUUAUUCCCCUCUGUGGACCAAAGUUGGUAUCCCUAAGAGACGCCAUGGCAAUAUUCGGCAAAGCGCUUGGCAAAGAUAUCAAGGUUACGGAGGUAGAUGAGGAUGAAGGUGUGAAGAUCAUGAUCCAAAAUGGAGUACCUGACUUCGUGGCAGGGCCACUGGUCAAGUCUUUGGGUACCGGAGACAACAGCGAGGAUGGCUCCGGCCGGUUCUAUGGGGACGCGUACAAGAAGGCAUCCGCAAAUCUCAGAAAGUAUGCCGGGCAGGUCACCAGCUUGGAAGAGUGGGCUGAGGCCAAUAAGGAGAUAUUCGACGUCUAA